AGAAGAAGAAGAAGAAGAAGAAGAAGCAGCAGCUUGACGAUAAUAACGGCAUGAAAUAAGGAGGUCGUAAGGAAAAAUAGCAGGAUCUUGUGGAUUUUGCUGCGGAACCCGGAAUAUUCAGAUUGUUGAUCAUAACUGGAGCCUCAUGAUGCCCGAGGUACGGGAUUUGUCAGAUGCCCUGCCAGAAAUGCUUAUGGAUCCCAUUACUGGUGUAGGUGUUGUUGCCUCAAGAAAUCGAGCACCCACUGGCUAUGAUGUGGUUGCACAAACCACAGAUGGAAUGGAUGCUGACUUAUGGAAGGAUGGACUGUUUAAAUCAAAGGUGACGCGCUACCUUUGCUUCACUAGGGUCUUCUCCAAGGAAAAUAGUCAUUUAGGAAAUGUGCUGGUGGACAUGAAGCUAAUUGACAUUAAAGAUACACUGCCUGUUGGCUUUAUCCCGAUUCAAGAGACCGUGGACACACAGGAGCCAGCUUUCAGGAAACGAAGGCUGUGUAUUAAGUUUAUCCCCAGAGACUCCACUGAGGCUGCAAUUUGUGACAUUCGCAUCCUGGGACGCUCCAAACAGGCCCCACCACAGUAUACAUUCAUAGGAGAGCUGAACAACAUGGGGAUCUGGUACCGAAUGGGGAAGGUGCCUAGAACUCAAGACUGCUCUCCCACAGCUACCACAACGAGCAUACAAACAGUCACCAACUCUACUUCAGUUCCUGUACUGCCCAAACACAUAUCUAUGACCCUACCUGCCAGUUUUAAGAGAAAUACUACUCGACCUGACUAUGAACACCAGAGCUCCAACCUAUAUGCUAUUUCAGCUAUGGAUGGAGUGCCAUUUGUGAUCUCUGAGAAGUUUACAUGUGCUUCCAGUGAUUUACAACAGGUAGACUUGAUGGCCAUAAGGAUCAAGUCCCUUGCGGAGAUUGAAAAAGAGUAUGAGUAUAGCUUUCGUACGGAACACAGCGCAGCUGCCCGCCUGCCCCCCAGUCCUACCAGGACUUCUCUAGGUUCUGAGGCAUAAACACAUGGAAAAGGAGCAGCAAGGGAGGAAAAGAGUGCCAGGCCCAAAAACAUCCCCAGCAUUAUUUCUUUGGUAUUUAAUAUGAUUUAUUUUUUGUGGAAAUUGAGAGUAUACAUUUGCCCAGCAUUUACUGCUGACAGAAGUGGCAAAAAUUCAGGACCUAGUCAAAACCACUAUGUCAAUUUAUGACCUAAUCAGAUCUACUAUUGAAGUAAAAAGGAGGGCAAAACAGGGAGCUUGUGGGAAUUUCUCAGAACUUUUACGUAUGAACUACACAUCACUACACAAAAUGCAUCACCAUCUGAUCAGUGAAAUGUCUUAUCCCAGCUGGAGUUAACUGUAGUGUUUAAAGGCUUUAGCAUGGACUCUCAAAUCUUUUGAGUUAACAAAGUUUUAAAAAAAGGAGAAAAAAUGUAGAUUAAAUUGAACUAAAUCUGAAUAAAAUGCGAGGAGUUAUUGUAUUUUUUGUUGCCUGAUUCACUGCCUAAUGAGAAAAGUUUAACUUUUCUAAGAACAUGUAUAGAGUUCUGUGUUUUGCUGUUAAAAAUGUAGCCCAAUAUGCUGUACAAUAAAUGCACUUGUAAUUUGUGUAAUGUAA